AUGGACCAAGUCAACCUCCAGGGCCACGGCCAGCAGAAGAUGCGCCAGGCCACGGCGGCGCCGCGAAAGUACGACGGCCAGCAAGGCAAUCCGCUCUACGACUCGGCCAACGGCGGCCACUAUGGUACGUCCGCUCUGGAGCUGCUGCACGCGACGCUGCUCGCCCCAUCGCACCAGUCGUCCAGUCCGUCAAUCCCCCUUGGCGAACAGGAUGGGGGCUUCGGCAGAGAUCAUCUUGACCUCCGGGUCCGCCUUCAUCACCUUCUUGAUGCGGGCGAGCGGGAGCUGGUGCAGCUUGUAGUCGUGUUCGUCCGUCUCGAGCUUCGUCACCUGCUGCUGCCAGUACGUGUUGAGGAUGUCGCGGUAGUUUCCCGUGAGGCCUUGGUUGACCUGCCGCUACAUGCCGCAGCGGAUGCGGACAUCUUCAUAACGGAGCUCACAAUGCGUGCGUGGAUCCACGCCGAGGAGAACAAGCGCCGCACGCUGCAGCGCUCCGACAUAGCCUCUGCGCUGUCCAAGUCGGACAUGUUCGACUUUCUUAUCGAUAUCGUGCCUCGCGAAGAAGCGCAUCCGCACAAGAGGAGCGCGGGCCAAAACGCGGCCGUGCAGUCGUCGGCCGCUGUGGUGCCUCCGGGCGGCAUGCCCCAGCCCGUCCACGCCCAGCACCCCAUGGGCCCGCCCGACUACGGCAUGAACCAGCACCUGGCCCAGCAGGACGACUACCGCCAGCCCGCCAUGUACCCGGGCGCCGUCCAGGCCGAUCCCGGCGUCUAUGCCCAGCAGGGCAUGUUCGAUCCCAAUGCCUACGGCCCCUACGGCGCCAUGGGCCAGCAGCCCCAGAUGUACACGGUUGGCCAGCGCGGCCCGGACCCCAGUGCUGGCGACCCCCAGGGCUUUGGCCGCUAUGGCGAGGCCGACGCCGACGACGAUGCUCAGGGCGAGCGCGUGGAUGCAGACAACUAG